ACAGUUGACAAGUCUAAUCGGCAAUCAGCUUGCAAACGACGAUAAACGAUAAAACGACAAUAGAGAGAACCGAAGUCAAAAGUUGUCGAUAAUAUUGUUACGGAUUUUGUUCAUCACUUUUUAGAGCAAAAUGUUAGAUCCUGCGACUAGUGAUGGAGUGGAUUUAAAAUCUUGCCGCAUAUGUUUAACAACAAAGAAACCACUAUGUCCUCUAUUUAGAUAUAAGUUAUCAGGAAAUUAUGCCGAAAUGUUAACAGCAGUAGCGGAUGUAAAGGUUUUUCCAAAUGAUGGCCUUCCUGAAAAAAUUUGUGUCAAAUGCUGUACAUCACUGGAAAAAGCAUACCUUCUUAAAACAGUAGCUGAAAGAUCAGACAGAAAAAUGAGGAAAAUUGUUGCCAGUUUAAAACCCAGCAUAAACACAAAGAAGAUAGCGUUUAACUCACUGACAGACAUAAAAGAUGAAAUCGCUCCAUUAGUGAAAUCGGAACCAAAGUGGGAAAUGGAAAUUGACAUUCUUGGCCCUAACAGUAUUCCCAACACAGAAACUAUUGAAUGUAAAGAUAUUGUUAUAGCCAAUACUGUAAUAAGAAAAGUAGAAAAUAAUGAAAAUAAAAUUUCAGAACAGAUUGAUAGCUUUGAUAAUGAUUUCUUUGAUGAUGUAGGACAUGAUGAUGAUGAUGACGAUUACUUACCCCCUUUGGAAAAAACAAAAAGUAAAUUUAAGAAACCAAAAUUAAGUGACAUAAAAGUUUUCAAUAGUAAAGGUAAAAAAACUAUAAUAAGGAAAGUUAAAGUGGUGAAACAUCUUCAGACAUCGGAUAUAAAAAAUGAAGGAUCAGGCGAAGAUAAGAAAACUACAUCAAUAACCUGCUUCCCAAUUCUCAAAAAUGGAUCCAGAGGACCACCAAUUCUUCUAAAGAGACCUAAAGAUGCGACUUCAUUGAAAGUACAAAACUUUCAUCAAAAAAAUUCAAGUAAACCAGUCGGGCGCUGCAGCAAACAAGUAUCAUCUGGGAAACAGAGAGAAAAAAUGGUGUGUCCUGUAUGUGGCAUUUUGACAUAUACACUGGGAAAUCAUAUGGCCACUCAUGAAGAAAAAAAGAAAUUUAACUGUUCACAAUGUGCACGGACAUUUACACAUAAAGCAAAUUUACUUAUUCAUCUUAAACAACACUCUGGUAUAAAGGAUCAUAUUUGUGAAGUUUGUGGUGCAGGCUUUUAUACGCAGAAGUCAUUAUUAAGACAUAAUUUAAUACAUAAGGGAGAGAGGCCUUUCCAAUGUGAUCUAUGUUCUAAAAAGUUUAUUGCACGAUGCGACCUCACACGUCAUUUACGUAUUCACGCUGGUUACAAGCCAUAUAAAUGUAAUGCGUGUACUAUGUCGUUCAAUGCUAAGCACCAGUUGCAGAAUCACGAACGCAUGCAUACUGGAGAGCGGCCUUAUAGUUGCGAGGUGUGCAACGUCUCGUUCAGUUAUAAAGUUAAUUUGAACAAUCACGUGUUUAAAACGCACGGUAUCAACUUAAAGUUCAAAUCGAUACACACGGUAACGGAAGACGUGUUACGUCGUGAGAUGGGAAUGCUGAAUGAGGCGAGAGACGCAAUCGCUCACAUAAUACCGCAUCUCACAGAAGUACCGACGCCGGGAGCGCAUGAAACAGUUCACCAUACAUCCGAUUACAAUGUAUAGCGAAAGUCAGUGUUUUAUUUUAUUUUCAUAUAAACAUUAAUAAUGGAAUUUCAAAAUAAUUUGUGUAAUUUAGUGCCCAGUAAUUUAACAUUGCUAGCAAUUAAAUUCGUGUUAAAUUUUCGCAAAAUAAUUAGGAUAGUUUUUCUGUUUUUAAUACUGGCAAUAAUUAAAUUUUGUAUGGUUAAAUUAUACCAUUGGUGUUCAAAACUUAGUGUAAAGUAAUUAAAGUUCAAUAAGUAAUAA